AUGGCUACCCCGCCUGUACUAGCUUUCGAUGCUGAGGGCCGCCCAGUGAAGUUUGAUACUUGGCUUGAUGACCUGCACCUCUUCCUACAGCUCACUGCCAAGGAGGAUAUCUCACUGUAUGACCACGCCCUCGGCCAUGCUCCUGCCCCUGCUACUGAUGCUGACAGCACUACCCGCUCACAGUGGCAGACUCGUGACGCCCACGCUCGCUUUGCCAUCCGCAACUCCCUGCCGUUAGAUGAGCGCGAGCACUUCGGCCAGUGCAAGACUGCUAGAGACCUCUACACCGCUGUAGUUGCCCGUUACUCCUCACCCGCUUCUGCUACGCUAGGCCGCCUCACUCUUCCCUACCUGUUCCCCGACCUAGCCUCCUUUCACACUGUCGCAGACCUCAUCACCCACCUUAAGACUAGUGAGGCCCGCUUUCGCGCUGCUAUGCCUGCCGAGUUUCUCACUAGCAACCCCCCCCCGCUCUGGAUCACUCUCUACCACAUCGUCACCCGCCUCCCUGACUCUCUGCGCGCAGUCAGGGACCACUUCCUCUCUCGCUCCCCCACUGAGCUCACUGUUGCCCUCCUCGAGAAGGAACUGCUUGCAGCUGAGGCGAGCAUCGUCGCUGUAGGCACCUCUCGUGGCGACCCCCGCACCCCGUUCUUCGAGGGGUGUUCCCCUUCCCCCCUCCUCCCCUCUGUCGCCUCUGCUGCUGCUGUCGACCUCCUUGGUGCUGAGAAGGUCGGGACCGCGUCUGCUUCGAGCGGGCGCCGCAGGGGCAAAGGGGGCAGGGGCGGGGGUGGCGGCGGAGGAGGUGGGGGUGGAGGCGGUGGGAGUGGAGGCGCGGCUGAGGAGGCUAGUGGCGGUAGUGGGGGAGGCGACAGCAGCGGCGGGAGUGGUGGCAGGGGCGGAGGCGGCAGCGGAGGCGGAGGUGGUCGUGGUGGCGGCAGGGGUGGAGGUGGCCGGGGCGGAGGCGGAGGGGGUGGUGGUCGUGGGGGCACUGGCGGAGGGCAGAGUCAGCAGCCAGCCCCGACGCUUCAGGCCGCCCGUGAGUGGUAUGCGCAGCGUGGCUUUACCUGCACGUACGUCAUUCGCACAGGUGACCGCAGCGGCCAGCAGUGUGGGAGGCCGCACCCCACGCAGCGCUGCUUCGCGCGCCUUACCGACGCGUGGCGCACUCAGUUUCCUGCUGCCACUGAGCUGCCGCGCUGGGCUGAUCUGGAAAAGAGGGGUGUUGAUAUUUGGGCUUUAGACUUUGAUGCUAUUCUCACUGCCAUGUAUGCCAUGUCUAUUAGUGGAGAGGGUGCUCAGUACUUGCGUGUUCCGCCCGACCCGGGCAUUCAGGCCAGUCCGGCUGCCGCUCUAGGUGCUAGUGCGUCCGCUCCCGCAGGUCCUAGUGAGGCUGCUGCCCUAGGUGCUAGUGCGUCUGUGCCCCCUGGUACUGAGUCGACUGCAGCACUGCACACCUUCACACUGGACUCAGGUGCUUCUCGCUCUUUCUUUCGUGACCGCACUGUCCUUGAGCCCCUCGCUCGGCCAGUUGCUGUCUCCCUUGCUGACCCCUCUGGGGGUCCGGUCAUUGCGACCUCCUCCACUGUCCUUCCUUGUCCGGCGGUCCCGUCCGGCACGCUGUCAGGUCUCUACCUCCCCUCGUUCUCUACGAACUUGGUGGCAGGUAGUGCGCUCCAGGACGGGGGUGUUCACCAGUUCACCCCUGCCUACGAGCGCGUGACACACUGCACGUGUGCUCGGACGGGUCGCCACCUGGCUACCUUCACUCGGGAGCCGGGGUCGGACCUUUACACACUGACCACUGUGUCCCCUCAGGUAGCUGCGUCUGCGUCUGCGUCUGCGCCAGGUCAGCUGUCAGCCCCCUGCUCGUGUCGCUCUCUGGCACAUGAGACUGUCCUUUGGCACCACCGCCUUGGUCACCCAUCUGUGCAGCGCCUUCGGGCCAUGCACCAGCGGGACCUUGUUGCUGGUCUUCCCAGGGUGCUCCCUCCCCUUCCCGACUCGCCUGCUCCUCCCUGUAUUCCCUGUGUCGAGGGGCGGCAGCACGCCGCUCCUCACUCCUCCUCCUUUCCCCCGACGACUGCCCCCUUGCAGACGCUCCACAUGGACGUGUGGGGCCCAGCCCGCGUCCGUGGUCAGGAUCAGGAGAGGUACUUCCUGAUUGUUGUUGACGACUUCUCGCGCUACACCACGGUCUUCCCCUUGCGCGCCAAGGGUGACGUUCCUGAUGUCUUGAUCCCUUGGAUCCGCAGAUCUCGUCUCCAGCUCCGUGAGCGUUUCCGCUCCGAUUUCCCUGUCCUGCGUCUGCACUCUGACAGAGGUGGGGAGUUUUCCUCUGGCCUAUUGGAGGCCUUCUGUCAGCAGGAGGGCAUUGCGCAGUCGUACACGCUUCCGGACUCGCCACAGCAGAAUGGGGUUGCUGAGCGCCGCAUUGGUCUGGUCAUGGAGGUCGCUCGUACCUCCUUGAGCCAUGCGGCUGCCCCCCAUUUUCUGUGGCCGUUUGCAGUCCGAUACGCUGCGCAUCAGCUCAACCUCUGGCCCCGUGUCUCCUUGCCGGAGACUUCUCCGACACUGCGUUGGACGGGAGAGGCUGGCGAUGCGUCGUGUUUUCGGGUCUGGGGAUCCCGAGCUUUUGUCCGCGACACGUCCGCGGACAAGCUCUCCCGUCGCGCUGUCCCCUGCGUCUUCCUUGGCUUUGUCCCGGACGCCCCUGGUUGGCAGUUCUACCACCCCACCUCGCGGCGUGUCCUGGCCUCUCAGGACGUCACUUUUGACGAGUCCGUCCCCUACUACCGCCUCUUCCCCUACCGCACUGCCCCGCUCCCCCCCCGCCUCUCUUCCUCGCUCCAGGUGCUGAGGUACCAGACCCCCUCCCCCCUCAGGGUGCCGCUCCCUCAGGUGUGUCCCAGGUAG